UGCUGAAGGGUAUUAGGGAUGAGGUCUCCUAUUUAACUUUUUUACUCUUUCUUGGCAUGCAUUCUAAAGGUCUGGCACUUGUCCAUUCAUUUGGCCCUGCCUAAAACAAUGGCGAGUAAACUGAGCUGUUGUGGAAUAGUAACACAGUCUUGAUUAAAUUGCUGAGAGCCCCUUUCUCUUCCCUGUCAGGUCUGGUGCCUAAGCUGUGCACGUGAAAAAUCUUUUAACUCCUUUGCGUGGGUGAGGAUGGUAGGAUAUACUUAGAACUGCCUUCUCCACCCAAUUGUUGAGUUUCUGCCCGAUUUCACGUAUCAGGCGGACAGAGUGAAUCAUCUCUGAUCUAGUUUUUGUUACUGAAAGAGGAGCAAUUAAGUCAUUUAGAUUUCUUAACUUCUGCUUCUGCUUGCUCCUGAUAAAGCAGUAUCAAACUUCUGAGCCUGCAAAACAGGGAGGGAUGGAUCAAAGGUGGUGACUGAACAGAACGACACAGUGUGGUACAGGUGAUUUGGGCUGAACUUCUGGUGUGUUUUCUGUUCGUUUUUGGUCAAAAUGGGGCCCUGUACAAACUGGAGAUACUGAAAACCCGACAGAAUUCUGUGAAAAUGAGGUUAUCAAAGAGCAUUAUCAAAGGUAAAAUCCAGCUAAAAAAGAGGCAUCUGGUGUUAACGUAGCAAGGGCAGAGACAUAUCCUGCUAAGAAGUAGUUCCUCUGCCAAGAAUUUUUUGUAGUGCUGGAGUAUAAAAAGCAUAAAUCUAGAAAGCCCCAGAAGAAUUCAGGUUCAUGUUUCCUCUCAGUUUUCUGUCACUCUUUUCUCCCUUCUCUUGCCAGACAGGAAACUUUUCUUCAGAAGUAUUAAAGGGAAGAUCCAGAAGUUUUUUUCUCUCCCACAAAAAAAUUUUGAUGCAACUUUAAAUUAUUCCGUGAUUUCACUUACGAUAGCUUUGUGGGGAGGGGGAGUGGAAUCCAAAUAGUGAAUUUCCACAGCAAAUAUCUGGCUGGGUUAUAGGAGAGCAAGCUGUCCGUGUUAACGAUACUAGAAAAUAUGUAAUUAGGUCAGAACAGGAGCAGGUCUCCAGAUGAUGUCUCGACACGUCGAUUGAAAUCUUGCAGAUUCCAGAGGAAGUGCCAGGUGUGCAGGCAGCAAAGGCAGGCUUUGCAGCAUCUUCUGAGAAGGAAACUAACCUACACAGGAAUGCCAGUUUUCUAAUUCAGAGGCACUGAUGGGCAAGAUAGAAAUAAGUCUCAUUUAUGUAUUUUUGCACAUUUCUUUUUGGGGUGUUUGGGUUUGUUUGGGGUUAUUUUUGUUCGUUGAAAAUUAUUUUCAUUCUGCUAUAACUGCUAGAACUCUUAAUGUUCUGAUGAUCUUCCACCUUAACUGUAACGAAAGUACUUUCUCUGGCAGGAGAAAGCACCCGAAUUACCUCUCACCACUUUGGACUUUUCAUUCACUCCUUUCUCUCCCUAAGUAACCUUUAAACUUGACUUUGAAGCUUGUGCCCAGCUUUCUGUUUCUAAAUUCUAAGUCUUGGUUUUGAUGUGAUGACAUGUUAAUAUGUGUUUUUCUCUUUUUCAGUUCUUGUUACCUGUUGUACGUGGAGCUUUUCUCUCUAAAGUUUUCCCCAACAAUUCUUUUGAAGCUCACAAAAAAAAAUCCCCAAGCAAACCCUAAACCAAUUUUCCUGCUCUUGGUAAUGUUUGCUCGUAAUUUGGUUUUUCUUCAGCAUAUAUUUGUAUUCAGAUAGCAUGCAGUGGCAAGUUCAAGGGUGUUUGAGAAAUAAAAAGAAUUUUCCAUGCAACUUGAACACCAGUGUCUUGCUAUCUUAUGAGAAUUUUAUUGCUAAGCAAAUUAUUUACAAGAAAAAAUAAACAGAGACUUCAUAUAUUUUGAACAAAGCGAUUUUCUUAAUAGAAAAAGCCUGAUGGAGGUAAUGUUGUUUGCUUGGUUGUGGCUUAAAUUAAAAACCCCUCUGUCUUCCAUAUGUAAAUCUUUAACCAAACUACACCUGCUCACAACAUACAGGUUUCUGGAGUGUAGGAGCUUCUUUCUACUCUUUUUUGGAUGAAAUUAUCUAAAUUUUGUGUUUCAGUACUAAAUAAUGUGUAUCCUGCCUGGUGUGUGUUUGUUUUUCUGUAUUGCAUAUGCCGCACAAUUCCUUUCAGCUAAGACAACCUCCUUUAAAGGAGCCCUGCAGAGAAGCAUACUUGAAAGCCUACAAAGCUCUUUAAUAGUAUUUGUGUAGUUCAUACUUAGCCUGAUGCUUUGGCAUGUUUGCAUGGAGUUAUUUCCUACUGCAAAUGUUGGUUUUCUAAAAUCCAAGCCUUAGUCAGCCCUGUUAAAUGAAAAUCUUGGUGCAACUGUUCUGGAAUAACAUAUGCAGUCCUGCUUUCAGCUUUUGCUGGACUUUGUUUCUGGGUGAAGAAUGCAGACUAUCAAGUGCGUAGUUGUUGGAGAUGGUGCUGUGGGAAAAACUUGCCUUCUCAUCAGCUAUACCACCAAUGCCUUCCCAGAAGAGUACAUCCCUACUGUGUUUGACAACUACAGUGCCCAAAUGACUGUUGAUGGCCGGACAGUUAGCCUCAAUCUCUGGGACACUGCAGGCCAGGAGGAAUAUGACCGCCUGCGCACGCUCUCGUAUCCUCAAACCAAUGUAUUCGUCAUCUGUUUCUCCAUUGGUAGUCCCUCUUCCUAUGCAAAUGUGAGGCACAAAUGGCAUCCUGAAGUUUCUCACCACUGUCCGAAUGUUCCCAUUCUUUUAGUGGGCACAAAGAGAGACUUGAGAAAUGACCUGGAAACAGUUAAAAAGUUGAAAGAGCAAAGCUUGGCUCCCACUACCCCACAGCAGGGGACUUCGCUGGCUAAACAAAUCGGAGCAGUCAAAUAUUUGGAGUGCUCAGCGUUGAAUCAGGAGGGUGUUCGGGAGGUGUUUGCUGAAGCUGUGCGUGCAGUUCUGUAUCCUGUGACAAAGAAGAACACAAGAAAAUGUGUCCUAUUGUAGUUACCUUGGGUGAUGGAUGUUUGAAGCUGAAUAUUGACUAGAAUCUUGGAGGGCUCUUGAAUGAUGAGUUAAAUUGAAGAUUUGCAUCUUGCACUAACAGCUGUAAGCAGAAAUGGUUUAUACAACGAAUAUUCUUGCAGUCUUAUUGCUUCAGGGAAACUGAAACAGAACAGUUUUUCUUUCCAACUGAGAGGUCAAAUAUCUACUUUAUUUCUAAAGUUCCAGUCUCCAGCUUCUCCAGGGAUCACUUGACUUCUGUCCUUAUUUAGUUGAGGAAAAUAAAAGAAGGGACUUCUCUGAAGCCAGACUUCUUUACUAGAUAGCCAUCAGUUACUAGAUUUGCUGAAAAGCACAAAUUCUGAUAAUUUUGCUUUAAGCGUAGCUGCUGCUUUUUCCAUCCCUUAUUUACUGAUUGAAUUUGUUUUACAAAUAGAAGUCUGGCUGUCCAGUUGUUUUAAUUUGUCAAUUUAAAGCUUGAAAACAAUUUGUUUACAUGCAAAAAUGCCUGAAAUAUCACUGAGAUUCACCUUAUAGUGAAUUGUGAUAGUUUAUAUGAAGAGUUCGCAUAAGGUGUGUUUAAUGCAAUGAGCAAGACCCAGGGAACACCUGCAAUGAUUUUAUUAAUAGAAGCAGGAGCUCAUUUCUCCUAAUGUAAAGAACUUAGGAUAAUGAUGAAUCACUCAAAUGGGUGAUUUUCAUACUUUGGAAUUGAAGAGGUGGAAGAGUAGUUUAGGUGCAAGUCUUCCCUAAUCUUCUAAACUGAGUUUUUAUUUCACUCUCCAGAGAGACUUUUCAUCCUGAGAAUAAAUCUAACAGUUACCUUCUUGGACUGACUGAGGUAGUUGGGGUGACACUUCUCAAACCGAGAUUUUUUUCAGUGUGAUCCCUUUGAUGAAUCCCAGAGACUUGAUAGCAGCUCGUUUGCUCUUGAGGAAUUAAUUGCUUCACUUCUUAAUGUUCUUGGGGCUACCACCUGAGAUUUGUACAGCAAAUUCCUUUCUUGUUUUUUCUGGGAGAACACUGACAGAAAAUUUGGAGGUUCUGUUUACAGGAGCCCUCGUUUCUUCCUGACAAUUCACUGAUGGUUUCAGUUAAAUUUAUAAUAAUUAGCCAGUCACUGGAUAGGUUUACCUGGGCAGUUUUCUCCUUUCUACUAGGUGAUCAGUUAUUAUAAACUCUUUUAACUUAAGUUCUAUUUACAUACUCUUUAACUUUCUUUAGCAGCUCUAGUGAGUGGCAGCUGGCUUUUAUUUUCAGGAUGUGCACUGUUCUUUAUGUGUGAUUCUGGAACCAGCUGAGGAGUGAGCGCAUGAAACCUUCCUUAGACUUAACCUUGCAGCUUGGUGGUAUGAAAGCAGCAUGCUUCAAAGAUACUUUGUGUGAAACCAAUGGUGCUGGACUGGGCUUUGUUGUCUGAAGUUGACAGUGCUGUCUUUGUCCGGAUGCAGCCUCAAUUGGUAAUUCAGAACUUGCUUUCUUGUGAUUCCCACACAGACAAAACUGCACUGGUGUAUACCCUGGGCAGAAAAAAAGCCUCAUUUUAGCAAGAUGACAGAAGAUACAUCAACAAGGUUAUUAGGGAUCUUGUGUUAAUUUGACCUUGCUUUAUCUGAUA